AUGGCCAUCAUCGCUGUCGCAGGAGGCACUGGCAACCUCGGCCGCACUUUGGUCAAGGCCAUCGUCGCCACCGGCAAGCACGAAGUGAAGAUCCUUGGCAGAAAGGCCAACCCCGAUCUCGAGAAGACACUUGGAGCCACCAUCAUCCCGGUUGACUACACUGACAUUGCGGCAACGACCAAGGCCCUCGAGGACAACAAUGUUCACACGGUUGUCUCCGCCAUCGCCAUGCUCGUCUUUGGCGGCGUCCCUCCCGAAGUAGAGCUCAUCCGCGCCGCUGACGCCUCCAAGACCACCAAGAGAUUCAUCACCAGCGGCUGGGGAAUCGCUCACACCGAAGACCAAGCCAGUCAGCUUGUCUCCGUCCCCCACAAGCUCAAUGCCGCAAAGGCUAUGAAGGAGACCAAGGAUCUCGAGUACACUGUUGUCCACAACGGCAUGUUACUCGACUACUGGACCACCAAGCCUUCAGAAAUGUCGCCCUUCAGUCUUGUCGUCGACGCGGCGCACAAGGUUGCGGCCAUCCCGGGCGAUGGAAACACGCCCGUCGCCUUCACUCACACCUCUGACGUCGCCGAGUACGUUACCGCCCUCCUAGAUGCCGAGGAGUGGGACGCCGACUCGACUAUUGUUGGCGACAAGGUGACCUGGAACGAAUUUGUGAAGCUGGCUGAGGCCGCCCACGGCGCCAAAUUCGACGUGAGAUACGACAGCCUGGAGGACCUCAAGAACGGCAAGGUCACGGAGCUGCCGAGUCAGGUUGCCGCGUACCAAUUUGUUCCGAAGGAGAUUUUCCAAGGAUUUUGCAUCACCUUUGGUCAGUGGUUCGCCUCUGGUGUUUUCGACCUGACUCCAUCAAAGGUCCUGCCUGGUCUCAAGCCCUUGACCGUCAAGGAGGCUCUGGCGUACAAGUGA